AUUGUCUGAGGAUAUUCCCACUGACGAAGCAAACUUGAUGUUGCAGGAUUACUUGGAGGACGAAAACGACGAAGAAGAAGGCAGCAGUGUCGAGCCGUCCACUACGAGUACAACGUCAGCAAGUCCUCCCACGACGCCGUCCACGAUCACGACGACAUCGACAACCACGACGACGACCACAACAACGACACCACGGUUCGUAAAGACGAAUCGUUACGAGCACAAGGAGGUGGCGUCGACGGGCUCGCAGUACAAUGGCUACCAAGAGAAGAACGAGUACCCGCCGAUGUCGUCUCACAGCGCGCUCAAGUGGCAGCAGCUCGGGACGCGCGAGGCAGUGAAGGAGACACGCAACAGCUUGAUGCACUACGGCAAGCUCAGCAGGUCGGCCGAAGCGUUUGCAGCACGUAGCCACAUUCAGCGCGUUCAGACUGAGGGUAGCUGUCAGUGGCCUCGCAUCAAGGUGAUUCCUGUGAGGGAGAUCUACCCGAACUCGACGCUCGUGUACAAUCCCCAUUGCGCAAUGCUGCACAGAUGCUCCGACGACACUGGCUGCUGCAGGUCCGAAGCGUACACCUGCGAAGCCAAGCGUGUUGAACGAGUGGAGCUUUAUUUCUACACGACAAGUAUAAAUGGAAAAAUGGAAAUCGAGAAGCUUUCUUUCGACAAUCACACCGAGUGCGAAUGCCGAGAAAGAAAGGAUUCGAGCGGCAAUUCGGAGUCCCGAGUGGCAAGGCACUACAAUCCAUCGGUUCCUGCACCUCAAAAUAUCUCGAGACCUCCGACGAAAAGGCCGUGUCGGUGUCCAGCGCGGUUCAAUGCCAGAAUCACGACUGACGGGCUUUGCGAAUGUAGUUGCCUUGAGAAAGACAUGAACUGUACGAAAUUGCAGCGCGGGAGGGGAUUUCUGUCGCUCAUGGACAGAGAGUGUAUCCAGCAAGCGCAGUGUAAGGCACCAAAUUGCGAGUUCGGGACGUAUAAUGUCACGGCAGGCAAGUGUCCGUACAAAAGCGAGAUCUUCAGUUCAACGCCAAAUUACCGCUCGCAUUACAAUUAUUACCAGCGGCGAAGUUAGACUGCCAAAAUAAUCGAUUAUCAUUAAUUAUAAUAAUAAUGAUCCGCGCGUGCGUACGGAUGGUGCCAUUACAUCUCUUGUCUAUUUUGCUUUCCUUUUUCUUAACGUCUUCGUUUUUUCCUCGUUUCGUACUUUUCUUUUUUCUUCUUUUUUAUUCUCUCAAAGAAACGUGGAACAUGCUAUUACGUAUGUUAUAACGAGAUAUGUUGAUCAAUGACGUUUGCAAAAUAUUUUUUUACCGUUUAUCUUGUUUAGAAAGUGCAAAUAAUUAUUUAGGUUAGUUAUUAAUGUAAUUAUGUAAAGGCCGCUGUGCUGAAACUUGGGUGCAUUUACGCUAUUUUAAUAUAUUAGUAAAAUUUACUUGGAAGCUUUUUCACGAACUUGACGUUACAGCCAAUAUUUAUUGCUAAUCCAAUUUUCGUCACUUAUAGAUAUUUGAUAUUGCAUUCAAACGGUUCAAUUUUUAUAAUGUACCCACUAUUAUCAACAUUUACAGUGUUAGAAUAUACCUUUAAGAACUUACUUUAAUCUUGAGUAACGCACAGGAGUCAGACUGACAAAAGAAAAAUUCUUCUGUCAACUUAUUGCACUUUUUAAAAUUGUGCCCCGAUAAAGUAUACAAUAUAGUUACGAAUAUUUAUAACCGUUCACACUAUAGUCAAUAACUUCUGCGUUUGCUUUUCUUUUACUUUAUUUUCAAGCCAGUCGAAUUGCUCGCGCUGAAUAUUUUGUAUUAUGAUAAUACAAUUUUUAUACUCGUGUCAAUUUUAAGAAAAAUUUGUAUUAUUGAUGACAUUCGAGUAUAUUACCAAACAUACAUCAGUGAAUCUGAUUCUGAAACAUAGUUAUUAGUGUUGCACAAAAUGUAUGAUUUAUACAAUUUACUUUUACUAAAACGUUCUCUUUAUAUAUUUAAUAAUACUUAUUUGAAUAGAAAUAUUCAAGUUAUAAAAUCAUUUUUCAUACAACUAAAAGUUCUUGCUAAUCGAUACGGUAGCUCAACAAAUAUUUACAGAUCUGAAUAACCGCGAAUUUUUAACCGACUGUAUGUAUCAAAAUAGUUUUAGAUAUCAUAAUAGCAAAUUAUGAUUAUAACAAGUUCUCGGAUUCAAGCCUAGUCUGGGACCUUAUUCCGACUCUACCUACAAACUGUCUUCCCAUUUUACAACUGGAUGUACAUUCUGACGAUGCUUGUUAUAAAUUAAGACUUAAAUUUUCUGUCAUAAAUUGAAAGAAUAAAUGAUUUACUUAAACUUGAAACUUUACAAAUAACAUCAAAUAAAACAGAAAACAUUGACAGUAGGUUAGGAGAAGGUCCUUGAAGUAUCCAUUUUUCUAUUAAUAACAUGUAUUUAAGCAAAAAUUAUAUAUUGUUGUCUGAAAAAUUUCCGACCUGAUCAAGAUAAUAAUGAUUUCGUUAAUAUAUAGAUAUAUUGGCAGUAAAUUUAACUAUAUUUAAAAAGACCUGUCAAGUUUGAAGUUGAUCGGUUGAUUAGGAAACUAUUUAUAGCCUUUCGAAGUAAAAAUAUUUAACGCGUGAUUUUCGAUUUUAAAUGCAGAAAAAAUACAAAUGCUGCAGAUAAAAAUAGUCGGCUUAUAAAUCACAAGUCUGAUAAUAUCUUGAUAUUAUUUUGAUAAACACAUUAAUCAAACUAUAUCUAUAAAAUCAUGCCGAGUUGAAAAUUAAUCAGUUAUUUUGGAAAAUUAACAUGUAAUCAAAUGGAAUAAAAUAUAAAAAUAUAAUUUUUUUUGAAACACUAAAAACUUUCCUAAUUAACCGAUCAACUUCAAACUUGGCAUGUUUUUCUAAAUAUAGUCUAAUUUACUGCCAAUAUAGCCACAUAUUUACCAAAUUAUGUGUACUUUCAUCAAGCCGGAAACUUUUCAGAGAACCCUCGUACGUAAUCGUGAAUAUGUCAUUGCAUGUCCUUUAUGUAAAAAGCUAUUCAUAAUUACUGUUAUAACAAUCUAUAAUAAAACCUAUACAGAACUUUCAACUAAUGCACUAGUAUGUUCUGCUUUUUUUCGUAUAAUUAUUUAAUUUUGUAAUUCACGUUAUUUUAAAAACGUAACUCAAAAAGUACUGUAUGUAUUUUACCUUUUUUAACAAAUAAUAUUACGAGUAUUUAAGAAAAAAAUAAAUAAAAUAGAUUUAAAAUCCUCAAAGUACGUUGGAACAUGUAGCAAGUAGUUGAAACAUAUAGAAAAUUGGAACAUGUAACAAAUGUAAAAGUUAGUUUCAAACGUAUUUUUCAAUAUUGUAAUUAUUAAUUUUACGAUAUUGUAAUUAUCAAAUUUAGUAUGCAAAGCACUUUUGGAAAUACCGAAUGAAAAAAAAAGAAUAUUUACGUAUAAUUAUAAAAGCGACAUUAUAUGCAAAUUUAUCUUUUUAUGUGAGCGUAUGAAAAAAAUUAUUUAAAUUAAAUUCAGUAAUUAAUCAAUUUGUAACAUAUAAUUAUUGUAUUUUACAAUUUAUAUUUAAGAUUUUGCAAGAAAAUAUAUA